AUGUCUCAACAACGUAUUUCCUACACAGUACAUGGCACAGUGCAGGGUGUCAACUUUCGAUCGUUCACCCAAUCAAAAGCAAAGUCCCUGAACCUAACGGGCUUUGUUGCGAACACUUCGGACGACAAGGUAGCUGGGGAAGCGCAAGGCUCGGAAGACAGCAUCAAGUCAUUCCUCAAAGAGCUCAACAAUGGGCCCGGUGCGGCACACGUAGUAAAGGUAGAGAAGGAAGAGAUCAAGACAAAGGAAGGAGAGAAAUCCUUUGGGACCCAGUGA